AUGUAUAUAAGAAGGAGCUCAGGUGUUAUUCUGGACACAUCUGCUCUGAGAUCUUCCAGCUCUACAAGACUCUUUCUGUCGUUGUGAACAAACAUCUUGAAGAAUGAGAAGCCUGGUGUUUCUGCUGGUCCUGGUUCUCUUCUGCUCUGUGCCGAUGACUUCAAGCGCUCCCCUCGCAGCUAAUGUGGCAAAGUGCUGUAUGGAGUUCAGUAAUGUGAAGAUUCCUGUGAGACUGGUGAAGUCUUACUACUGGACCAGCAGCUCCUGUGCCAGACCAGCCAUUGUGUUUCAGACAUUUAAAGGUAAAGAGAUCUGUGUAGAUCCAGAGACCACCUGGGUGAACGGCCAUGUUGAUAAAGUGGACAAGAGAACAACAGUCACUAUGAAGUUUAACCAUUUCGUAGCUUUAAUCAAACACCUGAUCCAGAUAUUCAGGGUAUUUGGGGUUACUUUAAUGAGAAGCCUGGUGUUUCUGCUGGUCCUGGUUCUCUUCUGCUGUGUGCCGAUGACUUCAAGCGCUCCCCUAGCAUUAAAUGUGGCAAAGUGCUGUAUGGAGUUCAGUAAUGUGAAGAUUCCUGUGAGACAGGUGAAGUCUUACUACUGGAUCAGCAGCUCCUGUGCCAGACCAGCCAUUGUGUUUCAGACAUUUAAAGGUAAAGAGAUCUGUGUAGAUCCAGAGACCACCUGGGUGAACGGCCAUGUUGAUAAAGUACAACAACACCCAAUAACAACACCAACAACACCAACAACUGCUGCUGCAAAAACAUCUUCUCUAGCAUCAACUGCUACUACAGCAAAGACUCAGAGCCCAACCGUCUAA